AUAAAACCUAUAUUUAAGUUAGAUAAAGUUAAGAGAUUCUUCUUCCUAAUUAUAUUAUUAGAUAUAAUAGACUAUAUUAUUAAUAACCUAUUAACCUACAAUGUUACCUUCUUUAUAGAUAUUAAGCUAAAAAUGCUUAAUCUAGCUAAAAAGUAUAGUAUUAAUAUUAAGGAUACUUUAGCCUACUUAGUAAGAACCUUCUCUAGUAACUAA